CUCGAUGGCAUCUAAACCUUCGAUCUGGAACCCUGGUGUUUACUUAGGCACCCCACCGAAAAAAACUUCUUCCCGAGUGGGCCCCCUAUCUUAGCAUUUGAUAUGACAGAAAGGGGAGGACAUACGCAGCCAGGAACAUGACCUAUAAAUAUCCUAGGUGCCCUGAGCGCCUAGCGUCGACAUUGGGUAAAACUACCAGUGCUCGCUUCCCCUUCCCGCCUUGCGAUAUAAAAAGCGGUUGAAACCCUCUUCGUGCAACCCCCCUCAUUAGCCAGUGCGUACAAGCACACCAACUAUCAACUCGCUAUGGUUGCCUUCCCUCGCGUCACUACCAUUCUAUUUCCUCUGGCAGCCGUUUUGAUUCCCUCUGUCUCCGCACAGAAUAUGCCCACCUGUGGCCGAACCUGUAUGCAACAGGCUCUUUCGGGCUCAGGUUGCAAGUCUUUGGACGACGCCUCUUGCAUUUGCACCAACGCGUCGUUUCUAGAAACCAGCAGUAGUUGCGCUGUCGGGUCCUGCACCCCGAAUGACUUUGACCAGUAUACCUAUUAUCUGCUAAACUUUUGUGACAGAUAUGACACGACCACGCUUAGUGCUACGGAUCCUGGUGGGGUCACCUCACUCGAGUCACCUCCUGGGUCCAGCACCAGUCCUGGUGGCAUCACUUCCACCAAAUUCGGCGGCCCGACCUCUUCCCCUGUGCACAAGUCUGGAGCCGCUGUGCCCGGCGCCAAGGUCUUCUCUGGAAGCAAUGGCAUCCUUGCUGUCAUUCUCGGUGGUAUCGUGUUUGGCGCCCACGUUGCUGGACUGCGGUGAUGAUACGUGUGGGUUUACGGACCGCAAAUAUCCUCGGAGGGAAAGGAGGGAGCGUAGUCUUCAGCAAGGCCACUUUCCUUUUAUACCUAUUGCCGCAUCGAUCCUUUCUCCUCUCGGAACUAUCCACAACAUUCCGUUUCGUGCGCGACAGG